AUGAGUGGAUUAGCUUUACAGGGCCUUCGGUGCCGCGCUUGUCGCAAUGCCGCAUUCCGCUCCUUUGUUGCCCUAAGUGGUGUCUCCAUUCCUUCGCCUCGGCCGCAAGCCUCGAUAUCCUACUAUGGCUCCCGGCUCUACCAGAGAGACGUCCAGGUGGCUAGGAGUCGUCCAUACUCUGUUUUCAACUCGGCGAAUCCUCAGGCUGAUAGCGAUUUACCGGCUAAAAUCGAGGCGAAAGAAGAAGAAGCAGAAGACGAAGGAAAUGCUGGGGCUUCACACAUCCCAUGGUAUCUCCAGGACGAGUCCCAGAAACCCGCCGCCCACCCUCUUAAGCAGCAAGAGCUGCCGCCUCUUCCAGAGAAUCCACCCCCGAUAUUGGAAAAACUCCUACACUACGUCUCCGUCGACGCCGGUCUUGAUGACAUCGCUCUCCUUGACCUGCGGAACAUCGAUCCACCCCCUGCCCUCGGUGCAAAUCUUAUUAUGAUCAUUGCAACAGCCCGCAGUGUAAAGCAUCUCAAUGUUGCCGGUGAUAGGAUGUGCCGGUGGCUACGAAGCAAUUAUCAACUAAGGCCGACAGCUGAUGGCCUAUUGGGUAGAAAUGAACUCAAGAUAAAACUACGACGGAGGGCAAGGAAGGCAAAAGCAGCCAGUGAGGCGGGUACUACUUUGAACUCCCGCGACGAUGGCAUCACGACAGGGUGGAUCUGUGUCAGUGUUGGAGGUAUAGAAAAUGGGCCCCUAAAAGUGGACGAUGCCGAGAAGCGGCCGUUUGUUGGUUUUGGAGGCCCCGGGGACAAAGUCCGUAUUGUUGUACAGAUGCUUGUUGAAGAAAGGAGAGCUGAACUUCAACUCGAGGCUCUCUGGGGAAAGCUGCUUAACCCAGAACCCGAAGAACAGGGCAAGCAAUCUCAGGACGAUAUUUGGGGCAAACUAUCCUCAGGAACGACCGUUGCUACGACUGGUUCCGGAAAGCCCAGCGAUAGCCAGGUCACCCCGUUUAACCAACGGUUUCCGCAAAGGAGGCAUAUGCACAUCCAAGCCCGCCGCGAGACCAUCGAGCCGCCGUCUCAAGGACUAUUUAAUGACAAUACCCAGCCUGUCAGGUCCAAACAGUCACCCACAAUAAUAAGCACCUCCGCGGCAUCCCCAAAUGUCUCCUCUCUCCUGGAACAAUUGUCUCAGCUGCCAGAGGAAGAAGCUCGGCGAGAGCUCGGUUCUGGUCCUGGCGAUAGAGAUUCCACUCUAUUUUUACGACUGUUUUACGAGUCAGUGUCGAAGUCUGACACAGAAACAGAGCUUAUAGAUAAACUGGAACUCAUUCGAGCAGCCGUUCGUCUAAAACAUCCCGCGUACCACAAAAUGGAUCUACUCGAAGCAUUCAAAAAUGCCGCCGCGUCUGGGUGCGAUAUCUCGGAAAAAAUGGGCAUGGACACAGUUCGCACACUACUGUUAUUUCAAGAGUCCGAACCUCUACCUGAGCAACGCCUUCCCGAUCACGAUAUCGAUCUAGCACUAAAAGUUCUUGACCAUAUGAGCCUACGAGGUAUUAACAUAUUCAACGGGGAAGUAUUUUUUCUCCUUCACCAAGCCUCAGCAUUCCGUACCCAUGUUCGCCCCGCAAAAGACAGUGGUGACGGCGGCCCCCCUUCCAUGGAUACGACCAACGUCGUGAAAGUACCCGCCGAAGAAUUCGAUCAUGUGGCCACCACUCAUCUCCGACUAAGCAAAGUCAUGGAUUCCACGGACGCGGAGUUUGAUUAUAAAGAGUAUCCAAGCUUGCUCCGAAUGUACUUCCAGCACGGAAACUUUUCAAAAUUUUGGCAAUUAUGGCGACAGGUCUCCCUCAUGCAAAUACCACGAUCGAAAGAGCUUUAUCUACUCAUGUUCCAUCUGCAUGCCACAUUGGGCCACCAACGUCAAGCUGUUGAAUGUCUCCGGGCCUGGGUACCCAUGAUGGCACGAGAAGCACCACCGGUUCCUAUGGAUGAAGACCUGACGAAAGCAAUCAUGGCAUGCAUGUUAGUGGCAGAUCCUGCUAUUGACCAGAAGGCAGAUGAUGAGACAGUGAGCCAGUUUACUAGCCUAUGGAGGCAGUGCCUUCGUACUCUCGCCAAUUCGAAGGCUACCCAGAGUGCACAAUAA